UUCCUAAGUGAUAAAAAGAAGGAACGAAAGUACUUUGAUUCUGGGGACUUCGCACUUUCUGCGACUGGAAGGACCGUCACCGAUAAUGGUGCUAUGAAAACUGGCGUGGAUCAUCCACAACGCAGGAGUAUUUCACGUCCUCAUGCUCCAGUUCCCGAGGCUAGCAAUGUCGAUGAGGAUGCCAAUGAGAAGCUUCAUGACCAAAAAAGCGCACAUUCGGACAUGGUAGACAGCCCUCUCUUUCAACAUACCGAUUCGAGUGAGAAACCAGUCGAACAUAGUACAGGGCCUACUAUGUAA